AUGUGGAACACAAUUAGGACAUUGACAAACAAAAAUUCUAAAACAACUAACAUCACUGAGAUCCACGUUAAGAAUGACCACUCUGUUACCGAGCCUAAACAGAUUGCUGAUGCCUUUAAUACAUUUUUCAUUAAUGUUGGUACUCAACUGGCUGAUGCUUUACCUGUAACCAACAUAACACCAGAAUCUUUUACCACCCCUGCGAAUUCCUCUUUUGAAAUUCAUACCGUUUCAAUUGAAAAAGUAUUUAAUUUACUUUCCACUAUAAAGGUUUCUAAGGCAACAGGACACGAUAAAAUCUCACCAAAACUGCUGAAGGACUCUUCAGAUAUCAUAGCGCCAUCUUUGGUUAAUAUCUUUAACCAAUCUAUUAAAACUGGUAUCUUUCCUGAUGAUAUGAAAACCGCAGUGAUCUCACCUAUUUUCAAGUCGGGAAACAAGACAGAGUGUACUAUAACUAUAGACCAAUUUCAAUACUCUCGGCAAUUUCCAAAAUCUUUGAGAAUAAAUAAAUAA